AUGGCUUCCAUCCUCAGCGCUGGCCGAUUCAAAGAGCUCCUGAAGAAGUACGGCAAGGUGGCACUUGGGGUCCAUUUCUCAGUCUCAGCUGCCUCAAUUACAGGCCUCUACGUAGCCAUCAACAACAACCUCGACGUGGAGUUGCUGCUCGACAAGCUUCACAUGGGAAGCGUCUCCUCCAAAGACGAAAGCGCCCAAAACCCACCCGAAAUCUCCGAUGGGUCGGUGUUUCGCGACAGACCCACCUCCGAAAUUGGCCCAUCAACGGUUGUGAUUGAGGAAAAGAAGAGGAAUCGGACGGCUGAGCUCGCGGCUUCAACUGGUGGGGCACUGGCAUUGGCUGUGCUCUGUAACAAGGCUCUGUUUCCCCUUCGGGUUCCGAUUACUCUGGCGCUUACACCUCCGUUGUCGAGGUUUUUGGCUCGGAGAAGGUUCAUCAAGACCGGUGGUCUAUGA